AUGCCCUCCGCCACCCCCACCAACAAUAUCAUCCUCUCCCCCACCCGUACCCCACAACGCCCGCCCAUGCAACCCAACGUCGCCAACGUCGUACUCGGCAACCUCCACAUCAAACCAUGGUACCCCUCCUUCUACCCCGAAGACAUGAUCGGGGGUCGACGAGCAGAAUGGUUGUACGUCUGCCAAUGGUGUUUCCGCUACAGCAGUGAGAUUCUGAAAUACAGUGCCCAUUGUAAAGCCUGCCCCCUGCAAACCACCCCACCCCCCGGCACCGUCAUCUACGAUAAGGGAGAUUACAUCAUCCACGAAAUCGACGGCGCCGAACACAAACUCUACGCCCAACACCUCUCCCUCCUCUCCAAACUCUUCCUCGACACCAAAAGCGUCUUCUUCGACGUCUCCACCUUCCUCUACUACCCCCUCAUCCUGCGGGACAACGAGCACCAGGACUCCACCCCCUCGCAUCCCUAUGGACAAGUCGUGGGUUUCUUCAGCAAAGAGAAGAUGAGCUGGGAUAAUAAUAAUGUGGCUUGUAUCCUCAUCUUCCCUCCCUGGCAGAAACGCGGGUUGGGACAGGUAUUAAUCGCUGCUUCGUACGAGCUCGGGAGGCGAGAGGGACGGUUUGGCGGGCCCGAGAGGCCGUUGAGUGCGCUGGGGAGGAAAGGGUAUGUGGCGUUUUGGUGUGCGGAGGUUUAUCGGUUUUUGGUUGCAGCACCGGGGAAGAGGAGUGUGAGUGUCAAGGAGAUUUCCGAGGCAACGUUUAUUAUGCUGGAGGAUGUGGUGGUGGCGUUGAGGGAGAUGGAUGUGCUGGAAAGUAGGAAGACGGCUGGUGGGAGUGUGGUUGUGCAUAAGGGGCGGCUCAGGGCUUGGGCGGAGAGGAAUCGCGUUGGGAAGGAGGCGUUGGUUGAUGGGGAGGCAUUUACGGUCGAGGAGAGUGAGGUGGAGGAGGAGGGGAGUGAGGAGGAUGGAUGA